UUUAAGCUUGAUAAACGAGAAUGGUGAAGGAAAGUUCAUUCAGUUCAGUUUCUACGGAAGAUUCGCUGUGCGACCAGGAUGAAGGUUGCCAUGGUAACAACCUGACACACGAUGCUGUCGUCAAGGAGGAAGCAAGGGAAUGGAAGGAGUCCCAUACCGUCCAAAGAUCUCCAAAUUUCCCUAUUUCUCCUGUCACUCCAGUUGCUAUGGUUACCCCUGUUACCAUGGUAACGCCCAUUUCAACCAGCACACCUUACUCGGAAAGAAGCAGCUUCAAUCAUUUUAGAUUGACGGACUCUGGAUUGGUUUCCAUGGAAACACGUCAUGACAAGUCCCCAGAUAUUGCUAAAGAAUUUGAGGAGUUGAGAUGUAGAAACUGCUACAAAACAUACGCCACCCCGCUGUCCCUAUCCCAACAUCACUGUUACAAGUUCAAGUGCGCUCAGUGUGGAUACAGGAGCGUAUCAGAGGAGACUAUGUAUGAACAUGUCACCUCACAGCAUCAGGAUGAAGUGUACAAGUGUGGUAUCUGUGAUAAAGGUUUUGAAGGUUCGCUGUGUCUAGAGAGACACCUCAGCUCUGACCACGACACCCCUUACAAUUGUAACCAAUGUGGACUGGUGUUUGUGAAGUUUGAAGAGUACAGGUCGCACUGUGCCGGACUCUGUUCCAAUACUACUCGGUUGGAGUGUGGAGAAUGUGGUAAUUCCUUCUUGUCAGCUGACAAACUUCAGGAACACAUGACAGCUAAACAUUUCGCAACAUCCCACGUCUCCAUGGCAACUCCCAUGACGUCACUGAACAUGGGUAGUUUCCAGAGCAACCUGGAUCUGACUCUCUCAACCCAAGCUCUCCUCCUAAAACACUCCUUUCUUCAGAAACUUGUGUCAGAUUUACAGACUGGUUUGGAAAAGAGCAAGCAACUUCCUAAACCAACUCCUCGCUUCCCUGCAGCUGCUCGGUGCAACAAUCUGCUCAACACAUCUCCACUCUUCUGUCCGACAGCACUGAAACCGUUCGAUCUGACCAAGUUCGGAGGUGUGACGUCACCUGACAUCAUUAAAUACAGUCCUUUAACCUCCCCCGAGAUUGCCAAAUAUGGUAAAAACAUAACCUCACCAGACUUCGCCAAAUAUGGCAAAGAAAUGACGUCACCGGAUACCUCCAAAUAUGGAGAGAAGAUGACGGAGUCACUUCUCAGGUGCAACCAGUGCUCGGUUUCUUUCGAGACGUUUGGUGAGCUUCACUCCCACUUGCUCCUUCACUCGGUAGCUGUGACGACUGGACUCGAUCAGCACUCGAUGAGCUACUGUAACGAGUGUGACUCUCAUUUCAACAACAAGUCCUUAUUAGACGAACACAUAAAGUCAGUCCACGAAUCAGAGCGCCCUUACAAGUGCACUCAUUGCGACAAAACAUUCACACGGUCCAACAAUCUACAAGAACAUCUGAGAACCCACACGGGAAGUCGACCCUACGUGUGCUCAUACUGUGACAAAAGUUUCGCGAGAUCCUCCAUUCUCCACAUUCACAUGAGAACCCACACCAAAAUCAAACCCUUCCAGUGCAGCGUGUGCCCAGCCGCGUUCAGCCACAGCAACAGUUUACAAGCUCACUUGAGGCGACAUACUGGGGCUAAACCUUACGUCUGCCCGGUCUGCUCCAAAGCUUUCCGACAAUCAGGUACCCUCCAUCGUCAUAUACGGACUCACAACAAAACCAAACGAUCCGACCAACUCAAACCAGACCUGCCUGCAUCCUUUCCCGGUAACCAUGGUAACUACACCAACUUGGCCCUGAAACUGCUUGGCCAACUGAGCUUUCCAGAGAACAGGAACAAGGAAAACCUCCCGGAAAUGGAACUGAAGCAGAUCUAGAGGAAGUUGGCAGGAAAAACCAAGGUUACUGUAACUUUGGUAACCGAAACUUUGGUAACUGUAACUUGGUAUUACGUGGGACAGCACCGAUGUAUUUAAAGCUAAGACUAAGAGCAAGGCGAUUAUUUUGGACGAUUUGUAUCACCAAUUUGGGUUAUAGUUGUCAGUAAUUUAAAUUAGGAUUAUCAUUAUCAAUAUCUGUUAAUGUUAUACGUUUUUACUAAUAACAGACAGUGACUGUUAUAAAUCCGUGGUUCCGCGCUCUUAUGGUCAUGGUGUAUUACUGUAAACCUAAACUGGUUAUGGUAAUUCAGAUUUCAUUAGAAAUAAGCGGAUUUAUAUUUCAUCGUCAAUUUAUAAUUAUACUUUUUUCAACAAAUUAUAACAUUAUAACAUAAUAUAUCAUUUGUACGACUUGUACUAUUUUGUAGCUUUCUAAAAGUUUUUACCGUUUUUAAGAUUUUAUAUUUGACGUGCUUAUCUUUCUCAUCGAUAAGGAGUCAAGUAAAACUUCUUGAAAACUUUAUGUUAUAUAUUGAGUGUUUUGAUAUUUUGUUAUAAAUCAAUGUUACUUUAAUCAUUAUGUAUUUCAUUUAAUAGCAUUCUA